AUGGUUCCACAAAGGUGUCUCAACCUGCUCCUGCUGCUGGUGAUCGUGUCCCCGCUGUACUCAGACGGAGAGGUGGCCCAGGUGUGCGCCGAGCAGGAACUCCACCUGUCCUGCGGCGACGGUGACAACAGCAGCAGUACCUUGAGCGGGGAGCAGCUUGUUCUGAGCGAGGCGUGGCUCUACGGGAACACCAGCACGAACAGGGAGCAGGACGGGUACUUGACCCACGAAUUACCGCCUACAUGCACCGUCAGAGAGUACAAUCUGCAGUAUAAGAUGGGCUCCUUCCUCAAGUACAUCAACAAAGAGUGUGGCGGGCAGGUGUCGUGCUCCUUCAGUCUGCAGACCCACGUGCCCGGCGACCACCAGUCCUCGCAGGGGUGGAAGGGCGGCGCCUUGUGGGUGCGGUACAGCUGCGUCAAACAGUCGGCGUUCCACCGUGUGUGCGGGACGGAGGUUCGGGACCAGGAAGGUUGGCUCAAGAGUGUGGGCUACCCACAGUACUACCUCGGCGAGCCCUCCAUCUGCACGCUGACUCUGCCGGCGGACCAGGGACAGCGGCUGAUACUGACCAUCACUUACCUUAGGGUGGGGGAGAUCCUCCAGCCGACAGAGGACAGGUGCAGGGACAGUGUGGAGGUGAGCGAGGGCAGCAAGGUGAUCCUGGCCCGCUGCGGAGACACCAACAAGCCGCUCACUGUAGUCUCCGAAGCUGUCCUCAACGUGACGCUCACUGUUGACCACGUGUUCCCCAAGCGAGGCUACGUGGCACACUACAAAGCGCUGGGUUGCCCCACUCCAGAGGUGCCAGAGGAUGGCUACCUUGCCUUCCGCAACGCCACGCACGCCGAGUUCUGGUGCUGUGUGCGGCACGUCUUCCCGGACACCAUGACACGCAAGAGAGUCCUGGAGUGCGGCAGCCGACUCAACACGUGGAACGAGGAGCUGCCGGACUGCAUAGACCUGGAUGACCUGCUUGACUCGGGUAACAUCACCAUGGAGGAGUACCUGGGACUCGUCAAUGGCACCUCCGGCGUGGUCAUGGCUGAGAAACUGCGACAGGCCCACCUCGUGUAUGACCUUGUGGUGCCGACGGUGAUCAUGACGGUGCUGGUGUUGGGCAACGUGGCCGUGGUGUUACUCAUCAUCUACUGCCGCAGGGGUGUGCUGGAGGAGGGAGCGCGAAGUGAAGAGCUGGAGUCUAUCAAGGCGAAUCCCGAACCGACAGACACGAUAGACAGCGAACCGUGUAACGUGUAGCAAUGGCAGGACAUGGAGGUGAGGAGGUGGAGGUAAUACCCAAGCCCUCUCCUCCUCCUCCUCCUCCUCCUCCUCCUCUCCAUCUCGAUCAAUGUAGCAGAGAGGAGCAAGGAGUGAGGUGAGGUGAGAUUAGCUAGGCUCGUAUUAUAAGACACUUUCGCUUCUCACAUCAGCUAUUUCUAAAGGUCAAAGAGGGGGUCAGGCGGGUUCUAAUGAGUGUUUCUUCACGUUCACGGUACAGAGGAAGGGUCAGACUACCACCAGGGUCAUAAAACUGCUACUGGAAAUGCCCCAAGCUCCUACGAAAGCCUUGUCAAAUAGGUGUUCUUGGACGGCGAAAUGUCUUAUAAUACGACCCCAGGUGUGAUAUAGUAUGGUAUGCAUGGGGUGACGUGGUGUGGUAUGGAAUGGAAUGGUAUGGUGUGGCGUGGUGUGGUGCGGUGAGGUGAGGUGAGGUGAGGUGAGGUGAGGUGAGGUGGAGUUGAAUCACGUGAGCUUUAUGGUUUUGGAAAUAUGGAAAAAAACAAGUAAAUGAUAGAGUGGAAAAGGUUAGCCAGCAACAAAUGGUAUAAUAGAGAUAAGGAAG